AUGUGGACGGCCUCAUCCACUUUGCGCAAGGAAAAGCUCGUUGAGGGCGCUUCCCUCCCUCUCCAAUCAACUAACGCCUGUUUUGUCGCACAUGAACACUUCCCUCUCAUCAGACGCCUUGGCGUGAGCGGAAUGGGCCCCUGCGAGUCCUGUGGACGACGAUAACCUCGCCGUUCGGAAAGGUCCGAUUCCCUGAGGGCUAUCGUCGACGAUAUCCUCACCAGAUACGGCGGAAAUUGCAGUUGUUUGGUACAGUGGUGUGCUGCUUUCAUGAUACCGAAAGGUCGAUAAUAGUGGCGAAUUCGAUAUCACGCUAUGAAGCGAAGAAGGGUCGCAGACGCUGUAGGUACGUCCACGAUCGUUUUCUGUAGUACGAGUGCUUGCUAAUGGCGUGAUAUUUGAUGUUGAAUACAAGGCCCCCCUUCUGGGCGUCGGUGUCAAGCCUCCCGCGGGUGACGCAGGACCACACGGUCGAAAUGUAUGCAUGGGGGCCGUUUUUCCUUUCUGUCGUUUAGAUGGGUUUCAGUAUUGGUUCGGCAGGCUUUGCCGUCGCGGAACGCGUCCACGGGGUAUUGGGCGACAAGAAGGACGAUGACGCUCCCUUUCCUUCCCCGCCCACCCCUCCCGUCUUGCUACCACAGCAGCAGAGGGCGACGAAAGCGACGAGGAUGCUCCCGUGUUGUUGGCCCCCCAAAUCAAGAAGGGGAGGUGGUGGUGGAAGACCGUUCUCCGGAACACUCUUCUUUGUCCCCAGAGAAGGCAGCAUAAGGACCUACUGUUCCGAGCGCAGCUUUCGUCCUCAGCACGGUUGGAUUCACUCGUCACAGAGAGGCCUGGAGCUCUGGAAGGCAUCCAACGGGUCAUCGAAGCGCAAGUCGCUUGAAGCGUUUUUCCCGACAAUGAGCUCAGCGACAUGUAGAGUCACCGGAAGCCCGGCACGUUGGUUGCAAUGGCAAAGGCUCAAGGCGAGGUUGUGGUAAGCCCUGUGCACCAUACCAUUGUACGAGUCUCGCGGUAUGCAGUAGAACCGAUGAGGAGGGCGCUGCGAUGACAAAUUGAUGUCGAAUAUGGAAUGUGGUGUUCUCCACAUUACCCCCCCCCUUUAUGAGGCUUCUUCUUGUUUGCUAGGCAAGAGAAGUCUUCUUGGGGUAACCGAAACCCGACCGGCUGGCGGCGAGUAGAACCACCUUUUUCCAACAAUCUUCUGUGCGUGUUGCGGGUGCGCCACUUCCGCCACGCAUUGCCAGAAGUUUCGAGUGCGGUAGACGGUGCAUCGUUUCUUGGCCCACCCACCGUUUUACUUUUUCUGUACUCCGGAAGAAAAUUGGGUGAGCAGCGGGUUUUGAAACCGUGUCUUUUGCAACCAAAAACAGACACCUGACAUCUAUCGUCUACACCAUUGUGGAAAAGAGGGUUU